UUGCUUAUUAAUUCUGAUAUGGGUAAUGCGGUUAAGUGGCUUCCUUGGCUGUUGCUGCUUGGAUCUGUCACAGCACAAGAAGUGGAUACUGAGAGAGCUCUACCAAACUGGCUCACUGGUAUUAUAGCUGUUGCUGUGUUUCUCUUCCUGGUCUUUGCCGGCUUUCUUAUCAACAAAGUCUGGUGUGAAGAUUCAAGCCAGGAGAAAAAGUCUGAAGUGAAAUCCAGUGAAUAUACCAUGACUAAUGGAUCAAACGCAAAUCUUGAUGCAGUCAGGAGCGAUGAGCACCAUGAAGCUUAUGAAAAUAUAACAGCACUGUGAUUAGUGCUGUAUACCACCUAAACCGGGCUUUAACUAAUCCCCUACAAGACAUUAAAUUAAUAACUAAUUUUAGCACAAAAUAUAAAGGAGGCAAAGACAAACACAGCAGUAGCUACACUGUUACUCCCACCAUGAAAUCCAGAUUCUACAAAUAUGCAAAUCUCCAACCCUACAUGUACCCACCUUCUUCCCCUGGUAAACUGGUGUUGCAUGGUGGCACAGCAG